CUUUGCUUCCAUUGCUGCACCUCCACCUCCACCUGCACCUGCCUCUCUGCCUCAGCACAGCACAAACAUUCCACCUCCCUCUACCAUCCACACCUCAUUCUUCUCUCCCACCAACUUCCACCACCAACCUCACUUUGUCUCGUCUCGUCAGCCACGACCACGACGACGUCGUCUCUCUCCCACUUUGCGGCACCCUUUCUUUUCCUAUUCUUUUUUUCUUCCCCUCCCCCUCCUCCAUCGGCCUGAGUUCCGCAAAGCGCAACCAAACCAACCCCCCCCACCAAAAGCUGUCGUGUCGAUACGGGCAGUCAAAUAAUUGAUCCCUCCAUUUUUUUCCCAUCGCGGAAAACCCCUCCCCUCAUACAAAACAAAACCCAGCAAUGUCUGAGGUACAGACUCGGCCUGCCGCCUCGCGCGGCAGAGGUUCUGGACGCGGUGGAAGAGGUGGCUUUGCAAGCCGGGGCGGUCGCACUUCUGGCAGACCCAAUGGCGAUAAGUUCGACUCCAAGAUCGAUGCCGACGAUGCGACUGCAUUUGAGGACCAGGGCGAGCUCGGCGAGCUGAAGAAGCAGUACGGACCCAAGGCGCCCCUUAUUAAGGAGCUCUUCCCCGAUUGGUCUGAGCAGGACAUUCUCUACGCGCUGCAAGAGACGGACGGCGACGAGAACCUCGCUGUCACCCGCAUUGCUGAAGGCACCAUUUCUCAAUGGGGCGAGGUGACGAAGAAGGCCCCCCGCUCCAAGGCUAAGGACUCCACGACCGCAGCCUCGAACCUCGACUCAUCCAGCGCCAGACCCACCCGUGGUGGUCGCAGCAAUGUCGCCGAGGCUGGUCGCGGCCGCGGAAGGAACACCGAGAGAGGAGGCCGUGGUGGUCGGGGCAGGCCCUCAAACACAGCAGCUCCCAACGGCACCCGGCAUACCAAGGACAACGCUCAGCCGCUCUCCGUUCCCACCGAGGAGUCGAACGCGUGGGAUACCCCCAAGUUGGACUUUAAGGACGCUCCCGCCGAGGACCCCUGGGCUCCCAAGGAGACCACCGAGAAGCCUGGGGCUCCCGCUGCCGCCCCCGCUGCCGCCGCGACCGAGGCUUCCAAGUCCGCUGCCCCAGCCCCCAAGACGUGGGCUAGCAUGCUCCGUCAAGUAGCCGUGCCCAAGCCCGCCGCCCCUAAGCCCCCCAAGCAGGAGCCCGCCCCCAAGCCCGCCGAACCCAUCGAACCUCUGCCUCCCGUCGUCCCCGCCGCCGAACCCACGCCCGAACCUGAGACCGAACCCGAGGCCCAGCCCGAGCCCGCUACCGAACUCCCCGCCGAGCCAGUCCAUGAAGAACCAGCCCCUGCAGAAGUACCAACCGUCAUCGAACCCGAAGUGGUUUUGCCGCCCUCCAAGGACCAACUUACUGAGACGAAUCUUGAACAGGUAGUCGACGAAUCGCAUCCUCCUGCGACUGCUACCGUCGCGAGCACUGCCGCCGAUUCUUGGGAUCCUCGCCACAACGCCGCCAGCGCUACCGCGACUCCUCUCUCGGCUUCGCAACAGCAACACCAGCCCAUCCGCCCUGCUGUCCCCACCUCCAACAGCGGAUUCGCCGCUUCCGCCAUCAAGGCCACCACCGAGCGAGGAUCCCGUACCCCGAGCUACCAGCGCCGCGUCCUCGACCAGGAGGAAGCCGUGCGCAUGCCCGGCAACCGCGAGGUUGACCGCGCCGCUGUCCAGUUUGGUGCCUUCAGCCUGAACGAGGACGAUGAUAUUGAUGGUGACCGUGAGGAGCCUGAGACUAGAACUCAGCCUCCUGCCGACUCUCCCGUUGCCCAUCCUCGCACUUCUCUGCCUCCUGCUCCUCAGCAGGCUCCCGUCCCUGAGGCCAUCGGCACCCAGAAGCCUGCUCCUGGCCUGCCCCCUCCUGCCGCCGCCGCUGCUGCCACGCCCACCGGUACAAAUGCUUCGACUAGCAACGUCACCGACUUUGCUAAUGUUCCCUUUUCAGGACCCGCCGGAGGUGCUAUCCCUCAGGCUCCCGCUUCUCAGGUCCCUCAGUCGGCUGCCGCCCCGGCUCAGCCUUACUCCCGCUUCGGACAGACCGGUCCCCAGGAGCCAUCCUCGUUCCCUCAGAAGUCGAUCGAUCCCUUCACUCAGCAGCCGAACCAGCCCUCGGCUUCGCAGAACCAGUUCGACAGCUUCCCCAACCAGCCGUCGCAGCAGAACCAGCAGCCUGGCGGGGCCUUCAGCUCUGCGCCCAGCGAAUACUCUUCCUACUAUACCGCCGACCAACAGAACCGUCCUCCUUACAACUACUACAACCAGCCCUACGGUCAGCAGGGCGCCCAGGCCCACCAGGACAGCCUGUCUUCCCAGCAGCGAUCUUUCGGCGGCUACAAUGCUUCGCAGGCUGAUAACCUCAGUCAAUACCCUCAAAGCGGCGGGCUCCAGAACCAGUCCCGCUACGGAGGCGUCACGAACGACGCCCAGAACAGUGGACACACCACCCCGAACCCUACCGCCCAGAGCCAGCAGGCAGCCAGCCAGGCCUCGCAGCCCCAGUCCCACGGCCAGCAGAGCUACCCCUACAACAACCACCCCUACUACAACAACGCCUACUACUCGAACUACAUGAACUACGGCCACUACGGCCAGGGUGGAUACGGAGGCGGUCCCUACGGCAAGGGCGGUGUCUACGGCCACCCCUACGGCAUGUCGCCCCAGGGUCCCUACGAUCACGCGUCCUCCCCUGCCGCUGGCUUCGCUCAAUCGUCUCUGCACCGUGCCGACAGCGGCCUGAGCUCCGGCCUCGGCGGCGACUUUGGCCGCGCCGGUUCCGCCCAGUCUGGCAACCAGCCCGGUCUCGCUGGCAGCGGCUUCGGUGGUGUUCAGGACACCUACGGCCGCGGCUCUUCCUCGUUCCAGAGCCCAGCCGGUCAAGGAUUCAACAGCGCUGCUCAGCCCAACAACACCGGUUCAGCCAACGACGACUUGAAGCCUUUCGGCGACAGCAAGCCUGGCGCGGGCCCCUCGCCUUCGCUCGGGGGUGCGCGUCCCGGCUCGGCCACGAACACGGCCUCUGGCCAGACUGGUCUGCCCCCGCCCCAGUCGGGUUCCCAGAUGAGUGGCUACGGCGGCUACCCCAGCCACCUCCAGGGACACGGUCUCCACGGAAGCAGCGGCUACGGCAUGGGAGGAGCCACUAGCGGCCAGCACGGCAGCGCCCCGUUCGGCUCAUACGGCCAGCAGGGUGCGUACGGCAGCGGAUACUACGGCAGCGGUAACCAGCAACAGCGCGGCGGUUGGGGCGGAAACUACCACUAGGAGGGUGGUAGUCGACGGCCAUCUCACUCACGCCACUACGACAUGAGACGAGGUGGCUAGAGACAUCGGUGCCCACGAUUACGUCGCCCGGCUUUUUGCGCUUUUAUCGGCAAACGAACGAAACUUUCUUUGGACCUGCAGGUGGUUUUAUUUUAAACUGCAGGCGGCAAGGAUAAUUCAUGCGGUCUCUUUCUGCGGGGAAACUUUCUUCUCUCUACUCAUUACCUAAGUCUAUGGUCUUGGAGCGUGUACGAUCUAUCAAAAAAAAGAAUCAGGGAGGGGAAACACAUUCGGAUAUGGUCACCGGCCGCGACGGAAUCGUGUUUUUUGUUUUCUUUUUCGCGAUGGGGAGGUCUAAUCAGGCUUGCUCAAGAAUGAUAGCCGACGGCGUGGUGGUAUGCGGCCUUGAAAAUUCAACUGAAAUGACAGAUGGAACGGAUCCGGUGGCGAGGUUGGUCGUUGGUCGUUGCCCGAUGGAGGGCCGAUUCCUGAGAUUGAACUCCUUGGAAAGGAGCAUGAUUGCCAAUGAAGAACCUUUGGCCCAUGACACUGCUGGUUUCUGUUUCAAUGUGAUUCGUGAUUUGCCUGAUGUGCUGAAACAAGCUUGCUG